AUGGGUCCACAUCGUAAUACACGGACGAGGUCGAAAGCUAAUCACCUUACCACCCAGUGUCAAAGAAUGCUAAUUGGAGAGCGGCAUGCGAUCAUGGGAGAUCAUCCCGCCACUCCAGUUUCCAAUUCCGCUCUCUCGAGUACCACUUCCUCAACAAACACAAACCUCAAUGGUAGCGCAUCUGGUGCUUCGACUACCGUGUUCCGUGCCAAACCUCCCAUCGAUAUUGACACCAUCCGCGAAUUCCCUAUGGUACCUUCCGGCCGAGAGGAGUACCUUAAAAGACAAGGCGGGACUGAUGAGCUUGUGAAGGGAUUGGACAACCUGCAUGCAACAUCGGAGAGUAUUUUCAGGGCACAGAAAGAGGAGAUUCUGCUAAGAAGGCAUCAGAUCAACACGCUGAAGGAACAAUGCCGGAAAUAUCAAGAAACACUCUGCUUGAACAAAUUGAAUCAGGAACGAGAGCAUACCUGUCCCGGUUGUGGAAAUCUCGCAUGGGAACCUCGAUCUGCGGACACACAGUAUGUUUUCAAUGCGUUCGCAAUGAGCGACUAUCAGCUAUGA